UUCAUGAAGUGGAAGAAGAAAAUCAUCUCUCGAAGAAAGACUGAGUCAUUGACUGUAGCGCAGACUUUUCCAUGACAAAGUCUUUUUGCAGAAGGCUGAAAACUCAGCAAGUGUGCACUCGAUCGUGACCCUCGCUAUGUCCAGUGAGGUCCACUCGUUCCAGGCUGCAUAGCAUGCCGGUGUAGUGCUUCCACAAACGACUUUUUGUUAGCAGUUUGGGGAAUUGUGGAGUGAUAGACCAUGGUACAUUUGCUGCAAAUUUCACAAGAACUAUUACUAUUAGUACCUUGCGACCACUGACCGUAGACUACGUUCCCGCAAUCGUUCCACCGAAGGCGAGAAAUCUGUGUGUCUCUGUUCCGUGUCUUGGUGUCAUUCUGGAUUGUGUGGAGCGAGCUGCACCCGCUAGUAGCUUUUCAAGUGUGCCCGUCUGCGAGCAACGCUGCUAAGGAAUAAGGUGCAUUGCAUUUGCAACGGUACCCGUACUACGCGUCCCAGCUGGUAUUGCUCCUAUUCAGUACAGCGGCCAAGCAACGUUCACCAACACUGCCCGAUUGAUCCUGGAGAUACCGAUCUGCACGGAAGCAGCGUAAUACCCACAGAAAGUAUCGUUGCCAUCACCUAUCACGCAACGCCGUCAAGUCCAUCAUAGGGAAGCCAAGUACGGUGUUGACACCCAUUGGACGUACGGUAACCUUGCCUGACCGAAUCAUCUGCGCGGAGCACGUUCCAUUGUGUGCAGUGGUUGAGCAGUAGUCCACUUCAUCUAGGGCUGAGUGUGGCAAGUUAAGUUCAGCAACAAGCAGUCAUUCAACAUCAAGAUCCAAGUCCACCCCUGACCACACCACAUACACGCACACGCACGCACCGUUGCAGCAGUAGUAAUGGGUUGUGGAUCGUCGCAAAGCACCGCAGUAGCCGUUGUCCAGGCUGCAGGCGCAUCGGACAUUCUUGAUCAGCCGGAGGACGGCGAGGCGGCGGUAAACAGCAGUUCACCACCGGCGAAAAGCAGUGGCGGUGCUGAGCCGGAUAGCGGGGUCAACUCGCCAGGGAGCAUCAACGCCGCCCCUGCGUCCACCGAGGUGCCGAAUAGCCGGCAGGAGAGUCAGGAAACAGGCCAGGUAUCAGCAGCGGCCGGUCAGACUAGUCAGCGACCGGCAGCGUUUGAUGUUGCGUUCGACGCUCCCGCCACGGAAAACAUCAGACUGACACAACCGCGGCGACUGCCGCGACUGCAGAAGCUGGACACGAGGCGACCAGCAACAUCCAGGAAGGAUAUCGAAGAGAAAAUUGCCGUCCACGACCAGAGACGCAAGGAUGAGCUGGCGAAGAAAACCGAGGCGCAGCGCUCGAGACAGUCGCGCCGGGACAAGCUUCUUGCUGAGGUGCAAGCAGCGCGUGCACUCGAAGCUCAGCAGAAUGCCAAGGAUACAGAUGAGUUGGCAGACGGCCUGCCAGAGGAUGACAGUAUGACAGAUCUGAUGAAGAUCGACAAACAGAACGAAGAGGAUAUCUCCAACAUGCUGGAGCACGAAGGCCAAAAGCCAUUCGGACUUGGAUUGAGCGAUGGCAUCGUAAUCCAGCCAGAUGAGACUGGCAAUGAUGAAGGCCUUGCUGCAUCUGAAGAAGACGAAGCAUGGUGAAGGCCAGUGGGCACUGCUGCACAUGCUAGUCUAGGGAAAUCCCCAUGUUUCGACUGGGGGGUUCCCCUAACUUACAGCAGAUCACAGGUAAGCCCAUAUUGCACUGCAGUCCACACUGUGUGACCAUGCGUGAAACAUAGCUAACACGGCGUGUGAAUGCCAGUCAGAACUGCCCUUGCCAGUACACCAGGCACGUGCAGUUCUAGUGCUGGUCAGUGGUGUUGUAUAAUACAUGUAUGCAAUGUAGUUCCAGUGUGUGUGCGUGCAACAAUAAAGAGAAGAUUAAUGUUACUGACAAUGUGCAUGUUGCGACCGACUUACAGCACAGAUUUGUUUUGCUACAGAGAAAGCUGUGCAAGUCAUGUUAAUAUGCGUUUGAAUUUAUCUGUACCAGUCAUAUCACAUAUCUCCCAUAUCUUCCACUAUAAUAAUUAUCUUGCUCGGCAAGCUACCUCA